AUGGGUUGUUGUGCAAGUAAAAACUAGCAUUUGAAGACCUAAAUUCCUCUAGAAAGUGGCUCUCAUAGGCCAACAUUAGAUUAAAACAGCUAAAAAGGUCUCAAAAUGAGGCAAAUGGUUAAAGCCCCAGAAUUAAUUGGAGAAAGAAUUUCAGAGAAGGAAAAGGUAGAUACUCCAUUGCUAACUGAAGAUAAUCAGAACUUUAUCUAAUCGUCUAUUGGGGCAGGUGCAGGCCCAUAAACUAAUGAGAAUUCUAAAAGUAAGAAAUUGAUCAGAGUUGAAAUGUACGAAUCAGUUGAAUAACAGUAGAAGAAGGAGAGGAUUAACCAGUACUUUGAUAUAUCGCCUAAAAUUCCAAAGAAAAACAAAAUAUAUCACCUUACAAACGUAUUUCCUGUCAGCAGGCCCUAUUCAAAUUUGUCUGAUUGGUAAAAAAUACUCCAAAAAAACUAGCAAAUGACUGAAGAGGAACUUGUCACUAAGAUAUUGCAACUAAGAAAUAGAAAUUGGAUUCAAGAGCAGAUUAAUCUUCAAAUUGAAAUUCAAUACUAGAAUACUGCUUCAUUCGAAAGUCUCUUAACUUACAGAAAGAACAUUUAAUUGAGAGAGCAUUUUAACUGGUUUGUUUGGUCGAUAGGGUAGUUUUAUUUUCAUCAGAAGCCAUCUGAGAAUGUAUUUAAUCUGCCAAAAGUAAAUACGAGAAAAUGGACUGAUGGAUUUGAAUUUAAUGGAGUCUUUAUCAGAGUGCUUCCAUAUGAGGAUUCCUACUUUAUUCAAAAUGAGAUUUUAGCCUUGAAAUAUGUGCAGUUAGAAUUACUUGAACUUAACUCAAUGGCUAUUUAGAUCUAGCAGCAGUACGGUAACAUGAAAGAUUCUUUACAUAAAGAUGUAAUUUUACCUUUAAUUACUGGUGUCAGCUGUGGUGGUUUUUACCUCUAUGCUUCCCCGGUCAUUUACACUUAAGAACUUGACCCUACCAAAGAAUACUUCAAUUAAGGAUUAAAUGGAAGUAAAAUCUUCUAAGGUUAGGGUUCAGGUGUUUACAAUGAGAGAGGAUCAAUUCACAUGUAGGCUAUUAUGAAUCAAAGCAACAUGUCAUUUUCAUACUUACAUAAUAACAUCUCACCAGAAUUCAUCAAUGAUUCAUUGUUCAAGUUUAUGCCAAUUUUGAAGAAUAUCAAUACAAUAAACAUGAUUCCAAUCAUAGAUUUUGAAGAUUACAAUAAGAAGGUGAAUGAAGAAUAAAAAGAGGACAUCGAGUUGAAGUACUUUUUGGUAAACUUGUUUGAUGUUUUACCGAAGUUAAGUGAAACUAAAGCUGCAACUUAAUUAAUAAGAUUUCCUUCAUUUAUAAAUGAGGAGAUUACAUUCCAUGGAUUUCCUUCAAAUAAUCUAAUUGAAAUGAGGGAAUUGAAAGACUUGAUUAACUCCUAGAGCGAGCUUGAUAUAAAUGCUGAUGAUGAAGAGGAGUACCAGCAAGAUAUAAACAGUGUUUUUACCAAAAAAUAUUUCGCUAAGCAUGGAUGGGACUUCAUCUUAAUUUAGAAAAAAGGUAUCACCAAUGAAAAUAAGAGAGCUUCAUCAUUUUAUCUAUCAAGAGAAAUUCCUUUAAUGAAACGAUAAUAGUAGGAUCAAAGUGGUCAAAAUAAUAUUUUAUUCGUAGAUGAGUAUAUACCAAACUAAUAAGAGGAGCUUAAACAACCAUCUCAAUUUAUGUCACAUCAUAAGUUGUCAAUUUUUAGAAGGAACGAUUCGUCUGCAGAAAAAGAUAGUAAAAUUUGUGGAAAUGUUUUGCUUUCUGCUUAUCAUUUCAAAAAAGACUUCAAACUUCAAUACUCCAUGAAUAAUCAUACACUCUCAACUAAUAUUGAAUCAUUAUUUUCUGCUUCUAUUGAUUAAGUAGUCAAGGUAGUAGAGCAGUCAGAUAAUAUCUAUAAUUCGUAGUCAAUUAAAGAGUUAUUUCAUAGAAAAGGACUAAACCUUAGAUUUUAAUGGAUUGUACUAAUUAAGCUCAGGUUGAACUCAUCUAGAGAUUAAGUCAUGAUUGAUAUCUUACUAAGAGUAAUGAGGAAGAUAGUUAACGAGGAAAUAAAAAUGAAAGCAUUUGUUUAACAACCUAAUCCCUCAUCUGCUGAAACAGGCGGCCCUGUGUUCGAUGAAUACUUUUAAGGAAGCUAAAUAGACAAUUACAAAGAAUACUUGUGUACAUUUAUGAAUGCAAUUUUGAAGAAAAAGGUGCAAAAAAAUAAACAGAUAUUUGAUGAGACUCUACUUGGGUUAUUUUUAUCUAGAAUGUCAGUACUUGGUUUGCUCUACUCUCUCUAAAUGAGAAAAGAAGAGUUUAUAUAUCUGGAAUCAAAGGACAUACUUGAAGAUAUCAUAGAUGCUCCCUAAAGAAACCCAACUUAUUUCAUGAAUGCUGUCUAAUCAUACUUUAAAAUUGAUUUUAAGCCAGAGAUUUUGAGGCUUUGUCGCCAAGAUAAGCAUCUAUUCUUGUCUAAAGGACAACCAGUUGCCAAGAAUGAGAUAAAAACAUUGAAUCUUAAGAUUCAUAAUUAUUUCUCACUGAGAGAGCAGGCAUAUUUCCUUCUAGCAAGAUAAAUAUCUAAUGCUAAUGCCAAAGAGUCUCCAUCUAAGAAAAUUGCAUCAAAAAUAAAAACAAAAACAGACAAGGAUAAACUCAAAUAAUCAUUUUAAAAGCCAUUUAAGGAUCAGAAUAGUUCUUUCAUAUAAAAUUCCUCAAGAGGCAGAGUAAACUAAUCAGGAAUUGGUCCACACAGUGUCCUAGGCCAUCAAGACUCCACAAUAGAUAAUUAAAACACCAACAGAGUAAAUUAAAACCAGAUUAUUGGCAACAAAGAAUCCCUAUCCACAAUUAGAUAAUACCAUAACAUGGAUAAAGCUAUUAUUAAUGAUUCCGCAGAAUUUGGGUCACCUCCAAUAAAUUAGUCUAAGUUGAGCAAACUUUAAACUACUCAGGAUUAGAUCAUCGAUUUCACAAAGCUAUCAAAGCGUAGUAACUUCAAACCCACUCAGACAACUGAAAUUAUUUUACCUAGUGUUCUCUACAAGUUAAAAACAUUUAUUUCAAGUAAUCCUAUGUACUACUUCGAUGAUCAAACUAAAACAUACAUCGGUGAUACGCUUACAGUCCUUAAGUCAUACUAUGAGAUGCCUAAUAUUGAGGUUGUUGAUGAAUGGGUGAUGUUUCUUGAAAGCUAGCUUAAAGAUGUAUACUCUGUCAACGGAGGAGAGUAAGUUCUGUUAGAGGCUUUCAUUUAUUAAGCUCUGCUUAUUUACUUCUUCAAAAACGAUUAAGAAGAUCUAUUUAAGGUACUUACCAAGAUAAGGGAGAAUCUACUAAGUUAAUCACAUUGUGCUCCAGAAACUAUGAUUUUAUCACAAAUACUAAUAGGAAUAUACUAUGAAGAGUAAAAGGAUCAGCAUCCGUAGGAAGCAGAGAAGAACUAUUUAAUAGCAAUGAUAUGUAUCCUUAAUAUGUAUGGCGAUCCUAGGGGCAGAGGAAACAUAACGAUACCUUACUCUCUUUAUAUAUCUUGGAAGCUUUCAUUGAUUUCUCUAGCAGAAGAUAAGAAGUUACAUGAUUCAGAGUUUGCUGAGGAAUUGUUUGAUGCCGCGCUAAAAUGUCUUCCAAAUCAUAAAAGGUCAUAUAGAGAUUAAUAAUUAAGAUAGCUUCUUCAAUCACAAAGUAAUUCAAAUAAGUAGAAUUAGGAUGUAGCACCUCCUUUAUCGAAAUAUGAACUAGAGUUAGAAAAGGCAGAACUCGCGAAAUAACUAUUUGACAUUAAGAAAUAUAAAUAAAAGCCCUAUCACCUAACAUUUGCCAGCGGUGUGCCAAAAAAUAACACUAAUCUAGUAAAGCCCAAGUCAAAUAUCAACAGCAGUCGAGGUAACCCAUAAAAAUCAAGCAGUAAUUACAAUAGUCGCAGGGAUAAACAAGAAGCAAGUAUAGUCUAUGUGUCCUCUAAUAAUAACUUCGACAGAAAAAGCCACAGAGGUGCACCCAAUAAUCUUUAGCUACCAGUAGACAAGAAAGAUGGAAUCAAGUCUAGAAGUCAUAUACCAGGUCUUAAGAAGAAAAAUAAUAAUAAUGAGUAUGACAUAGAUCCAAGCGAGAUUGACUUGGGAAUCGAUGAUGAAAACAGACAAUAAUUCGUUGAUGAGAACUUCAAAAACAAUGAAUGGUAUAUUGGAGAGUGCCCCUUCUAGCACUGGUCACUCUAUAGAUAGUAAAUUGCUUAAAUCCUCCAAGCUCAUAAUCCUGUGAUAGCCAAAAAUAAUCUAGCAUAGAGUCAGUAUCAAAAGCAAAUUUACAAAAGCAUGCUUUAGAAAUUCUUGCCUAAAGAUAUGUUCUAUCAGUGGAUACUAAAAUUCAAUCCUAUGAUGUAUUAAAGCGGUAUAUAGUGGACUAGUGAGUACAUUAAAGGAGCAUUUUGCCAGAAUUAAUAAAUGGUCUCUUCAUCAGGUUCUUCAGCAGUGAUUAGCAGUAAUCAUAAUCUCAGCAGCAGUCAUCAUUCACUAAGCAGCAGCACACCAACCUCGGCCAAAGACAAGAGAAAUAUGCAUAUGGGAAGUUACUCACAGAUCUUGGGCAAAGAGGUAGGAGGCAUCAACAAGCAAGAAAUGAGUGGCGUAUUGUUCUCAAUGGGAACUGAUAACUUUGGCUAAUUAGGUCUUGAUGUUAUUUCUCUGAAUGACUAGUAAAAUCAUCAGCCUAGUUUAAAAGUAUUAUACCCGAGGAUGAUUGUUUCGCUGAGAGACGAAAUAAUCAAAGAUAUUUGCUGUGGUAAUAGUCAUACUCUUGUUACGAAUUUGAAUGGAUAGGUAUAUGUUUGGGGAGCUAAUUAAACAGGAUAACUUGGCCUUGGAGAUGAGGCACCUUCAUUUAUAAGAAAGCCAGUUCUUAAUCCUUAUCUUAGCAAUAUCAUAAAGCUAUCAGCAGGUUAUGAGCAUUCUUUAGCAAUUAACAAAAAUAAUGAAUUAUAUAUCUGGGGAAGUGGAGGAUUAACUGGUCUAAACACUUUAAAGCAACAGAAUGUACCUGUCAAAAUGGAAUUUUUCAGUAAAACUAAGAUUUUAACAGCCGUCUGUGGAGGUCUGCAUACAAUUGCGGUAAACAAAGAUGGUGAAACAUAUUCAUGGGGAUUAACCGAGGGUGGAUAACUUGGUCUGCCUCAAAGUUAAAUAGUUUAGCUUUGUCAAGGUCAAGGGGAGGAUCCAUAAGUUUUGACGCCUUAAAGAGUUCCUAAGCUCGAAGGAAUAUUCAUUCAGCAAGUUGCUUGCGGUGAAGCUCACACUAUAGGAAUGACAAAAGAGGGUCACUUGUAUGGAUGGGGAUAGAGCAAUUAUGGUUAAUUAGGACUUGGCUUUUCUGGAGAUUCAUUUGAACCAGGUCUAGGAAUGGAAAAGAGUAAAGUCUAUGAGCCAACCUAAAUCACUGGAUUGAAUCAUGAAAGAGUUACUAAGAUUGUAUGUGGGGCUACAUUUACUUUAUUCUAGACAGACAAAGGUGAUCUUUACGGCUGUGGCGUAAAUGACCUUGGUUAACUUGGACUUGAUACAUUUAUGGAGGAGAUGCAAAUAGCAACAUUAGAAAAAGCAAAGAAAGGUAAGCACAAUCAAACAACGGAUGUAAUUCUGCCAACAAAGGUUAUCUGUUUCUAAGGCAUCGCUAUUCACUAAAUUGCUUGUGGUGAAAGUCAUUCUUUAGCAGUAAGUGGUGAUGGAAUGAAUAUGCUUUGGGCGUGGGGCAUGUUUAAGAAUGGAUAGCUAGGUUUGGGCGAAGUGACAAUGAAGAUGAAUCCUAGGCCAGUUUAAACUCUAUGUUCAUCACAAAUAUAAAGAGUAGCUUGCGGAAGUAUGCAUUCAUUAGCUCUGAUUGGUGAUGCGAGCCAAGUCAGCACUUUCUCUUCUUAAUACUAUUCAAAUACUGAUACGCUUAAAAAUUACUGGGUUUGUGACCUCAGAGGUCUAGCUGAAAAUCUCAACCAUUUUAAUUACGAAGGCUUGGAUGACGAAGUUCCUGACGAUGCUGAGGGAAAAGUAAAAAAUCCUAAAUGA